GAGCGCACAAGUCCAGUUGGUGAGCGCUGAACUGCGCACUGUGUGUGCGGGUCGGGUCGGAUCCGAGGAGGCGGGUGGCACCUUUAUUUCUCCCCACUCAGGUGGACAAGCCAACAAAUCUUAUGGUUAGGAUCGUUCCUGUCGCUUAGCAGUUGAAGAGGAGACGCUCAGCGCCAGAAUGGAGGCGAAUGGCAUAGCUGGGAAACAUGGUUUGGAGGGAGACGAGGACCUGGAGUUUCUGCUGACGGGUGGGGAGCUGGUGAAGAUCCGCUCGAGGACCUGGAAGAAGAACCGCUUCUACAAGCUGCAGGAAGACUGCAAGACGCUGUGGCACGAGUCGAAGAAAACCUUCAUGCGCGACCAGACCUUCACCAUCGAUGACAUCGAAUCAGUGCGCAAGGGCCGCCAGUCGGAGGGGCUUAAGAAACACACAGACCCGAAUAUGGAGGAGCUGUGCUUCUCCAUCUUCUUCAAGGGCCGCAAGAAGAACCUGGACCUGAUGGCCGCCUCCGGGGACGAGGCCAGUCGAUGGGUCCGAGCCCUGGAGAAGAUCAUCAACAACAUGCGCAACCUCAACCGCCAGCAGAAGAGAGAACACUGGAUUAUCAACUGCAUGCGGAAAGCGGACAAGAACGCCGACAACCAGAUGAACCUGAAGGAGCUGAAGCACUUCCUGAGACAGAUCAACGUUGAAGUCGACGACACAUACGCAGAGGAAAUAUUCAAGAAAUGUGACACGUCCAACUCCGGCUCCCUGGAAGGCGCCGAGAUCAAACACUUCUACGACCUGCUGACGCACCGCGAGGAGAUCGACGUGAUCUACAAGCAGUACGCCCUGGCAGAGGGUCAGAUGAGCGCCCGAGACCUGCUGAACUUCCUGCUGAAUGAGCAGAGGGAAGAGGCGACUCCAGAGGACGCCUACACGCUCAUCGAGAAAUAUGAAGUGGAUGAAAUAGCGAAGCAGAAGAAACAAAUGACCAAAGACGGCUUCCUGAUGUACCUGCACCACGACGACGGAUCGAUCUUAAACCCGGCGCACAAGCCGGUGUAUCAGGACAUGAGUCAGCCCCUCAACCACUACUACAUCUCCUCCUCGCACAACACAUACCUGAUGGAAGACCAGGUGAAAGGGCCCAGCAGCACAGAGGCCUACAUACGAGCCCUGAUGAAGAGCUGCCGCUGCGUGGAACUGGACUGUUGGGACGGAGAUAGCGGCGAGCCCGUCAUUUAUCACGGCUACACCAUGACAUCCAAAGUGCGCUUCAAAGACGUCAUCCAGGCCAUCAAGGAAUACGCCUUCAAAACGUCGGACUACCCAGUGAUCCUGUCGCUGGAGAACCACUGCUCAGUGGAGCAACAGAAGCUCAUGGCCCACCACAUGAUCUCCAUCCUGGGUGAUGCCUUGCUCACCAGGCCUCUGGGAAACACCAUGCCCACCAACUUCCCUUCACCCGAGGAACUGAAAGGCAAGUUCAUCAUCAAAGGGAAACGCCUGAACAAACUGAAUGCAAUUUUCUCCAAUAACAGCAUUAUUGACGAGGACACUGUGUCUGAGGAGGACGAGGCUGCGGAUGUGAAGGAGAACGGGCAAAAGGCCAAAUCAAAGAAAACAAAAAUGAAACUUGCCAAGCAGCUCUCAGACAUUGUCAUCUACUGUAAGAGUGUUCAUUUUCACGGCUUUGAGCACGCAAGGGACAACCAGGACUUCUACGAAAUGUCCUCCUUUAAGGAGAGUAAAGCUUUCUCCCUGGCUGACACCUCAGCUACUGCCUUUAUUCAUCACAACAUGGACAAACUCAGCCGGAUCUACCCUGCUGGCUCCAGGACCAACUCCUCCAACUACAACCCGGUGCCCAUGUGGAACGUUGGCUGCCAGAUCGUGGCACUGAACUUCCAGACUCCCUCCAAGGAGAUGCACCUGAACCAGGGACGGUUCCUGCCCAAUGGCUUCUGCGGCUACGUGCUGAAGCCGGAGUUUCAGAGAAGCCCGUCCUCCCAGUUCGAUCCCGGCUCACUCAUCAAGGGGCCCUGGCUCAAGAGGCAGACCUUUCAUGUCAUGGUGAUCUCAGCUCAGCAGUUGCCCAAGUUGAACAAGGACAAGGCCAAAUCCAUCGUUGAUCCUCUGGUGAGGGUGGAGAUCCACGGCGUUCCAGCAGACAACGCCAGCAAGGAGACGCACUACAUUGACAACAAUGGGUUCAACCCGAUGUGGAAUGAAAACUUCAGUUUCAACAUCUACGUCCCAGAGCUGGCCCUGGUGCGGUUUGUGGUGGAGGACUAUGACUCAACCUCCCAGAAUGAUCUCAUCGGACAGUACUGUCUGCCGCUCACCAGCGUGCAGAAGGGAUAUCGCCACGUGCCGCUGCUCACCAAGCGAGGGGACGUCAUCUGCUCUGCCGGCCUGUUUGUGCAUCUCAUGCUGAUCGACGCCGAGUAGACGGGGCAGGAAAUCCUCAUGCCAGCAGCAGCAUUUUAUUUUAUUGGCAAAAUCUCUAUGAGUUUUUCUUUUUAAGACCGGAAUAACCCUGAACAAGCAUUUUAAAAGUCUAUUAAUGGAGAAUUUAUUGUCGUUUUCUAAUCUACAGACUCUUCCCAUCAUUUUUUUUAAGCAUGAAUGAAUGAAAACACGAGUGAAAGAGUCGUGAAUGACAAGCGCAAGAGAUUAUUUAAAAGUGUCUGCCAUAAAACUACAGUGUAGAAUAACAAAUGUAACCUUUGUUUUUGACUCCUUCUUAGUAUUAACCUGCUCUUUUUUUUUUAAAGUAACAAAUGCCAUUUCUUUUCAAGAAAUGCAACAAGCACACGCAACACUGACUAAAUCAACUCUUGAUUUUUCGCACCAUGUUAAUAUUUAUCACUGGAAUGGUCUAAUAUGAAAGUUUGUAUCUAAGAGGUAAAGGUUUUGUCCUUUGAGAGAUACUCUUGUUUUCUAUAUGUGGAUAUUUUACCAUGUUGGAUUUGAGUUAACGCGUCCCAAACCAGAGAUUAUUGCACACUGUUGUAAAUAUGCACCCAAUUCCUUUUGAACACAUUAAAAUUAUUCACAUACAGGUGUUAAAGAAUUAAACACAGUUUUUAUUUUAGAUUUAUUACACAUAUACUGAAAUAUUUCAAGCAUUUUCUGUCCCAGUAUUUGUCAUUUUAUCAUGACCGCCAUUAGUGCGGCAUCACAAAAUGUGACAAUAUUUCAUAAAAUCUGAUUUUUCCCUACACUUAACCAGAUGCCAUAACUAUUACAAUAAAAUUACUGAAAUGCUUGAAACAUUUUAGUCUUUGUUAUGUAUGUUUCGACUUGUCUAUGAUGGUCUAGUUUUUUGUGAAAGCACCUUUCCAUUUGCUACAUAUGAAUCUGACACAAACACAACAAACCACAAUAAUUCACUUUAUUAAACAUAAUAUUUCUGGCAGAUUCUGAUAUUUACCUUCAUACAUAAUGUCUAUGUUUUCAUCUGCAGUUCUUUUGUGACCACUUGACUUCAGUACAUCAUUGUUAUUUUCAUCUGCUGUUGCUCUUAAAUAAUACCAUUUUCACACUCUG